ACGCACAAAGGUUGAAAGCAAUGCAGAAGACAGUGUAUGUAACAGGGGCUUCCGGCUUCAUAGCAUCAUGGCUUGUCAAGUUCUUGCUCCACCGUGGUUACAUUGUCAAGGCAUCUGUCCGUGACCUCAUAUACAGGUUCAACUACUGGAAUUGUCUCCCAUGUGAUGUUAAUCACCAUUGACGUCAUUGAUAUUCCCAAACUACCAUCCUUUUCUAAUUCUUGAAGCCAUCAUGUUGUCCAAUCUUCCAGAUGCUUGCGGUGUCUUACUAGUUAGAGAUGAUCCAAAGAAAGUGGCACACCUGCUUGCACUUGAUGGAGCGUCAGAGAGACUUCAGUUGUUCAAAGCAAACCUACUGGAAGAAGGUUCCUUUGAUGCUGCAAUUGAUGGGCGUGAUGGUGUUUUCCAUAUAGCAUCUCCUUUCCAUGACCCACACAACGAUCCUCAGGCUGAAUUGAUUGAUCCUGCUGUAAAAGGGACUCUGAAUAUACUUAAAUCAUGUGCAAAAUCACCAUCUGUUAAAAGAGUGAUUUUGAACUCCUCUUUUGCUUCAGUUGGCUUCAAUGGAAAGCCUCUUACUCCUGACGUGGUGGUUGAUGAGACUUGGUGGACUCUUCCAGAUUUCUGCAAAGAAACCAAGUCAUGGUACAUUCUUGCGAAGACAUUGGCUGAGGAUGAAGCCUGGAAGUUUGUAAAAGAGAAUGACAUAGACAUGGUUGCAAUAAACCCAGCCAUGGUGAUCGGACCUCUGUUACAGCCAACACUUAACACCAGUGGUGCUGUAAUAUUGAACCUAAUAAAUGGUGCAGAAACAUUUCGAAAUUCAACAUUUCCCUGGGUUGAUGUGAAAGAUGUUGCUAAUGCACAUAUACUAGCUUUUGAAAAUCCAUUGGCUAGUGGAAGAUACUGCCUGGUUGAACAAGUGGCACACUACUCCAAAGUUAUGAAGAUCUUGCAUGAACUUUAUCCUUCCUUAAAGCUUCCAGUAAAGUGUGCCGAUGACAAGCCAUUUGUGCCAGGGUAUCAGGUCUCCAAGGAAAAGGCAAAGAGCUUAGGAAUUGAAUUCACUCCCUUUGAACAAAGCAUCAAGGAAACAGUUGAAAGCUUGAAGGAGAAGAAAUUUUUGGUCGCUUCAGUUGCAUUGUGAAUGUACCAAAGUUGAUGAGGAACACUUCAAAUUAUUUCAUUGCCUAAUGAAAAUAUGUUGCACAUUCUUUAUGUGCCAUGGCUCUCUGACUGGCCUUGUAUGCAUAUGCAGGGAUUUAGAAGAAUCUGUGUAUGCAAUAAUGGAGAGUACUCUACUUUUUGGUAUCUUAAAAAUUUGAACUGAAGUUAACAAUUGGUACUACAUUAUAUUUGCUGCUGCCAAUUAAAGCUGAAGCAUGUUUAUGAGUUUGCUUGCGUGCUACAGCUGCAGUUUGACAGGAUUUAUCAAAUAAAGGAGCAGCAUUAAUUGUACUAUUUGGAGUAAUAAAUAAUAUGUCAUUGCACUAAA